AUGGUUAUAAAUACUGGUGCCUUUUCUCGUUACAUCUUCCUUUUGCACAGGGUUGCAACGGGAGUCCCCAGUGAAACUGUCUUCUCAAGUGAGGCAGAAGGAAGCAGACUACCUCAAACAGCUUCCUCAUGUGCUUACCAACUGCGACUUGCAAACAGCUCCGGAUUACCCCGUUUCGGUUUGAUUCCUGGUGGUCGGCAGAGUGUUAGUUCUUCCGGUAGCGGUCCCACCCUUUGUCGUCAUGCAAGUUCGUUGAGUCAACGCUCGUCAUGUUCUUCGCUGUCUGGAACAACGUCCAGCUGUUCCACACCCACGGGCAUUGUAACCGAUGUAGCGAGGUUGCCAGCAGUUCCACAACACAGUUCACUCAAGUCAACACCCAGUUCCUCUGCUGCACUUGGGAAUUGCCAAACUGUCGCUUCUCUCACUGAAAGACCAUAUGGAAUGACUCAUCCACCCGGUUAUUCCGGAAUUUCUUGUGGUGCAACACCGCAACCACAGCGGCCCGUUCGGCCCUCAAAUCAGUCAGAAUGGCUUGGAGCAGUGGUUGAUUAUCCUCACCUAACGAAUGACCUCAAUCCAACACGUGGUGCCCAUCAUGAAAUUUCGGCUCCUCCUCCUCCACAGUUGCAUCGAUCCGGUUCUUCCAGAGGUUUGAAGGAAUCCGGAGGAGGUCAGCGAUCGUUGAGUACCGAUGCGUCAUCGAGAUGCAAACAAAUGUUGCCGAAGAGAGGCAAAGUAGCAGAAGCAGCUCCAGGAUUUUGUAACAGUUGCUCCACGUGCGGUGGGACACAAACUGAGGCUCGUGCUUGUGUGUCCAACCCCUCCUCUGGGAUGCAACAUUCAACACAGAAUUUAAAUCAGUUAUGCUCUGGACUGCCUUCAAGAAACUCAACUGUGCGCUCACGGUCACUAAGGGAGUCCACAAUUAUGUUGCAUGAAUGUGUACAACAUCCACCACACGAAAGAUCACAGAAACCAUUCAAAUCCCUAAAGGCUAGUCAGAAUGGUAUCGAAUGCAGAAAACCUCUACCAUACAACGUCCGUAACAGUGAGCCUCCCUCUAACACACGAUCGGCUCAGCAAACUCAAUGUAAAUCCAACACGGUACAGGCGUACUUGAACACACAAAAGACUCCUAUGCAUCAUGCCCCACAGAACUUUCCGUUUCACUCUCGCCAUACAGCCUCCUGCACGCCAGGAAGUGAUUCAUUACAAACUACACAUUUUGAAUCCCCAGGCGAACUGACAAACCGCUUGCUUGAUGCAUGUGCCCAGUCUCAACAACUCAGCUCGUAUACAACCUCUGCAGUCUGCACAUUAGCGUCAGCUAUCACCAACACUUUUGAAUCGAUGUCGAACGAAUUUCGUGCCUCACACCUUUUGGAAACGUCUUCCACCGUUUCGUCACACAACCAUUGUUCUUCCAACAAGCCCAAUGUGACGGGGCUUGUUGAUUAUUCGCCCGGAUUCCCAGCAAAGCAGACGAGUAUGGAUGAGAUCAGUAUGAUUGUUGGUGCUCAACGAAAACCCUACAGCAGCCCUUUGACCGUUCCUAAGAGACUGCCCACUACCUUGCUACCGAAUUCGCACUCUGCCGGUUCCAAUCUCUCGACAGUCGACGAGAAACCGUUUUACGACAGUGGCAUUUCGUCGUCCUCCUACUCAAAAGACAGCGCUUGUACUUCUCCAGCGGAGAACUCAAUCAACAAACCAGUCGUGCAUCAAGUGAAUGGAAACCAAGACUUGUCCCUUUCGUGGCAAAAUCCAGCGGCACGAACGGACGGAGAUCAACGGAGUACGGAUUAUCUAAGUUAUUCAGGAUGCAACGCAAAUUCUGGACCAAGAAUAAUAAACGAUUCCGUUCAACCUGCGAAGUCAACCGAACCAUCUUUACAUCUGUGCAACCAGCCGAUGUCUGGUGGAGGAAAGUCCAAGUUGCUGCCGCCGUCUUCGGCCAUGCAUCCAACUAGCCCAUACGCGCAGUUAUCCAGCGGAAUGGAUCCUAUCAAACUUAUCUCACGCCACAAGGCCAGUGAACUUUACUCGUUAGUCAAAAGUCGUGAGGACGCAAGAAAGAACAGUACUACUCGGGGUUCCGAACACCAGAAUGUUCUCAAAACGGAAUCAAGCUCGCAGUCAUCUAAGUGUAAUUCCGUUUCAUUAAGACCACAGGGUUUAACGAAACAAGCCAUAACUCAUUUCACUGGACAUGAGAGAAAUACGGCAGUCUGUUCGGAAUCCAAGACAGUGUCCACUACUGCUCUCACGGAUGGUUUCGACUACGUUAAGCAAUUAAAUACUGCAAUCAAGUGCCAAUCACACAAUAGCAACUCAAAUCGCCAUUUUCAGGAACACAACACUGUAACCACCGGGGACGAAAAACAUGACAAUCCAAUUUGUGUAAACUCGCAACCAAGCAGAAGCGAUGGUAUACCUUUGCCCACUGAAAAUGUCUCAUCAGCAUUGACCUCUCAUCAAUCUUCCGUUUUACAACAACAAUGCACGACUAUGAAGGAUUUAACCGGAGACAACUGCGAUGCAAAUUCUCACAACGGCUGCUUUUUUGGGACUGAUGCGGUGGAUUUAGUUACAGCAGCUUCAAAAACCUCACUCGGUGCAGACAUAGAUCUACCGAUCGCAAACGAAUCCAAAGAAACAGCCAUCACUGAUAAAUGGUGCAAACUCAAAGCAGAGUCGAACAAGGCAGUCUCCGAUUCAGACUCAAAACUAAUUGAUCCCAUUGAGCUAGUGUGUAAUUCAAAUGAUCCGGAACAACUUUUAUCCUCCUUGUCUAAACUCACCUUAGAUGGUACCAAUAAAAGCAGCCUUUGGGAUGACAAUUAUUAUUUCUCGGAUGUCGAGAGUGAUUACGCUGCGCUGGAAUUGGUCUUGCCUUUCAACACUUCGCCAAAGGAGUCAAGGAUCGUAAAUAGAAGCCCAGAUACAAACCUGGAACCCGUAGUGGAAAAGAGCCACGAACUAGGCUACUUUUCUGACACGGAAGCUGUGUUACAAGCUCCAGCUUCCCUGAGCUCACCAUCGGGAAAUACUCCCUCAAAAGAGCAGCGACUUUGCGCUGAUUUCCAAUUUCCAAGAGUUAGUGACAAAUUUUCCAUUGCAUCCUGCGUACCCAUGGUAGCAACCCCAAAGCACAUCAGCGGAUCAGCUAAUUCAAUUGCCUCGUCAGCUCGCUCGCCUGAUGCCCAAAGCGGUGUUAGAAUUGAAAACUCUUCAACUCGGGGUAUGCAUCUGGCGACAGGUGAAACUAGAUGGCCACGUUUAAAAAGUGCCAGAAGUUUCACCCAUUCCAUGUUCCGAGGAAAGCUGACGGCAGGGGAAAUCAGUCUCACCGCUUCGGAAUCUAAGUUGUACAAACCAAUAAAGCCUGAACAACUGAAACUGCCCUAUCCCAUGGUCCCGGUGAUGGGAAGUCGUGGGUUAAGUCCUCACUCACCAACAAGCCAGAUGCGUUCCAGCGGUUCAGCGAACGCUUUAAAGAUGAAAACAGUUCCUUCUGAAGCUGAAAAGGUGACGGAAAACCAAACGAACACUUCGGAAAGAAAUUUAUUAACCCCUGAUAUCUUACCGACCGGAGGAACAACUCAGUGGCCCGAAGCGGUUGAAAGUCUUCGUUCGGAACUUCGCCAAAUGACACAGCAGCUUACAACACUAACUUUUCAGCUGACGAGAAAAGAUCGUGAAAUUGACCGGCUUCGGAACACCGUCAGCAAGUUGCAGUGCGAUAUGCAGCGACAACAACAAUCACAACCUUUGGUACACUGCACUGGGGAUGAGAAACUUCCUCGACAAUCCGGUCUAAUUCAGGAGAUCCAAGAAACGCUGAGUCUGCACAGUCUGACUAGUGGAACAAGCCUAGGGAGUCAGGAGUCUUUCAAAGUUUUCCAUACAGGCGAAGGGGAUUCCGGACCACCAGUAAACCAUGACAUUGUGAAUGAGACCGAAGGUGGCGCGGGCAAACGUCCACGGUGGACACGACCUUCUUUAGGAAAGGCGUUUAAAAGACGGUCAAAAAGCAGCAUGGAUUCUGGUGAGCAUUCUACUGCCUCAAGUCAACUCCAGCGUGUUACUAAUGCACCGACUGCUACAGUGUCCAGCAACCCGAGAGGGUCUCGGGAAGAAUCGCAGUGGCACAACCGUCGUUGUGCUCAUGCAGAUGCGUCUCUUCAGGAAGUCCCUCGCAGACCAAAAACAUCCGAUCCAAUGCAGGCAUUGCUGAAGAAAAUGUGUUGGGAAAUGAGCUGUCUUGAGGCGGACAAUCAGCGACUCCGGCUUCUUGUCUUGAACAGUCCUCCAUCUACUGAAUCGGCUGCUGACAUGAAGGACUACCGCGGAGCAGAUAUUUCGGUGUCAGGUAAGUGA